AUGGCGAUCGAAUCUAUCUCCUUUCUGUCGGCGGCCGACGACGACGACGUCGAAUCUCGGAGGGACGCCAAGCGGCCGAGGCAGACCUCCGGCGACCAAGACGACCACGCCGCCGCGUCCUGCCUCGUUCUGCUCGCCCGAGGCGGCGACGCCACGACCACCGGACGCGCCGCCGCCGCCGCAGGCAACAAUUUACCCUACGCGUGCGACUUCUGCGGCAAGGCUUUCCCGUCUUACCAGGCCCUUGGCGGCCACAAGACCAGCCACCGGGCCAAACCGCCGUCCGCCGCCUCAUCGGCGAUUCAAGAUUCGUCCACCUCCGGUAGCGGCUGUGUUCCCGGUCGGAUUCCGGCUCUGAGGGUUCACCAGUGCCCGGUCUGCCACCGGAUCUUCCCGACCGGUCAGGCCUUGGGCGGCCACAUGCGCAAGCACUACGAUGGGAUGAUUGGGAAAAACGCCGCCGCUAAACGUGGCACCAAGUGUAUCUCCGAAGAAGGCAGCGGCGCUAGCGGCGUCACCUCCGGAGACGGGGGCAGCGAUGAUGUGGUGGCUCCUGUUUGCCUGAAUUUCGACCUGAACCUACCGCCGCCGCCAGAGCAUGGUGUUGGGCUCAUUAGGUUUCUUUAA